AUGCAGCUCUGGUUCGCUAGUACAAAAGGAGCAUCUGAAUGCGUCACCUGUGACGGUGGCACAUCAACAAACCAAACUGGUUGCCUCUGUGAAGAUGGUAUGACCUGGAAAUGGGACGGUCCAAGCGAUGGGUCCUGCAAGCCUUGUCUAGCCAACACAUACAAAGCUGGAGAUAUGAUCAGCUGUCAAGAUUGCCCGUCUUCCUCAACAUCAACCCCAGGAUCAGAAUCGUGUACAUGUACUGCAGGGAGCUUCUGGAACGAACAGGAUUGUGAAGAGUGCAGCUCUGGUUCAGCUAGCGCAAAAGGAGCAUCUAGAUGCAUGACUUGUGACAGAGGAACAUUAACUAACCAAUCAAGCUGCGUUUGUGAGGACGGUAUGACCUGGGAGUGGGACAGUCCAAUAACUGGUUCAUGUAAGCCAUGUCCACACAACUCCUACAAGGUCGGAAACAUGAGUUUCUGUGCAGAUUGCCCAUCCUCCUCAACCUCACCACCAGGAUCAAGUCACUGUUCUUGUGGCACAGAAACUUUCUGGAGCAACAACAAGUGUAUCCUGUGCACAGGAAAUGACUUCUUCCAGAAGUCAAUCGGAAAAUGCACUCAGUGCCCAAAUGGAACUACUUCUAUUCUUAGCGAUACUGCGUGUAGCUGCCUUGCUGGAAACUACUGGCAUUCCCAAACAAUGAAAUGCAUUCCCUGUCCUGAGAACUACUACAGUGGAGACUUUGCCGUAGAGUGUACAAAAUGUCCUCUCUACACUAUUUCGAAAAAGGGAUCUCCGCAAUGUCAAACAUGCGAAAUCGGGCAGUAUUGGAAGCAAUACACUUGUGAUGUGUGCAAUGAACUGGACAAGAUAGGCAAUGGAGUCUUUUGUAUGACGAACUCUCUAGGAAAAGAAGGGUCCUCUGAAAAAAUAGUUCACGGUGGUAGAGGUAUGACUGCCAUCAUAGCUGGCAUUGCAGUCGUACUAGGUUUAGUGUGCAUCGUCCUAGCAGUCCUUAUGAUGAAGAAAAAGAAAGAGAAAGUAACGACACCAGAACAAGGAGUUGCAGUAAGGUAUUCCUCCAUAUUGACCCCUAACGUUGAAUACAGUGACUGGCCCGAAGGGGCAGGACCAUCAGCGGUGAGACUUCAGGAGGAGCCAAUGGAAGAAGAAAGAAGUUGGUGUGCUGAAUGGAACAACUUCACACCAGGAAGUGAGCACGACGAGAACAUCUACUCUUACUUGGACGACAGAGUUGAUCAGCUGAGGGAACAAGGAGGUGUCAUUUGA